UACUCGUUGAUGCGUCCGCGUUAUGUGCCAUGUUGGCGGAAGUAAAUGUGUUUUCUCUUGAGGCGAUUAAUUACGGGGAAGUAGCUAAAGAUAUUACUGUCCGUUACAUAGCGUUAUACAUUAAAGUUAUGUUUACAAGUUCACUAGUUAAAGGAUGAAUAUGAUGAAUCUUCCAAGGGCACCCGAUUCUCUAUGCUUCGAUAAAGACGAAUUUAUGAAGGAUGACUUCGAUGUGGACCACUUUGUGUCGGAGUGCAGAAAGCAAGUGCAGCUGGAAGAGCUGCGAGAGGAUUUGGAGCGCUACUACAAGCUGUUGAAAACUGCAAUGGUAGAGCUCAUCAAUAAGGAUUAUGCCGACUUCGUUAACCUUUCCACAAACCUAGUUGGAAUGGACAAAGCACUCAACCAGCUCACUGUCCCCCUUGGCCAACUACGAGAAGAGGUGUUGAGCCUCAGAUCAGCUGUAAAUGAAGUAAUUGAAGCUGUAGAUGACCGGCUAUCCAAGCAAGAUGAUAUUCAAAAGAAUAAGAUUUGUGUUCUGAGACUCAUACAAGUUGUGCGAUCAGUUGAGAAGAUUGAAAAAAUUCUUAAUUCUCAAAACUCUAAGGAUGAAACAUCUCUAGAAUUAAGAAGCCCACUCCUGGCUGGACAGAUUCUGGAACGGAUCGCCACAGAGUUCAACCAGCUGCAGUUCCAUGCUGUUCAAAGCAAGGGGAUGCCACUUCUGGACAAAGUGCGACCUAGGAUCGCCGGUAUCACAGCCAUGUUGCAGCAGUCUCUGGAAGGCCUGCUGAUCGAGGGCCUCCAGACCGCCAAUGUUGACAUUGUGCGCCACUGUCUGCGGACCUAUGCCACCAUUGACAAGACCAGAGAUGCAGAAUCACUCGUGGGCCAGGUUCUCGUGAAGCCCUACAUGGAUGAGGUGAUUGUUGCAGAGUGCGCCAAGUCUGGUCCCACUGGGCUACACGUCAUGUACGGAAAAGUACUGGAGUUUGUGCCACAUCACUGUCGCCUGCUGAGAGAGGUGACUGGAGGAACUAUUUCAAGUGACAAGGCGGACAUUGUCCCCGGGUACGACUUCAUGGUGAAUUCUUUGUGGCCAGAGAUAAUUAAAGGCCUGGAGGAGAGGGUCCCCACCCUCUUCAACCCUGGCAACCCGGAUAUCUUUUACGAGAAGUACACCAUCAGCAUGGAGUUUGUGCGCAAGUUUGAGCGGCAGUGCGGAUCUCAAGCCAGCGUGAGGCGCCUGCGAGCACAUGCCUCUUAUCUGAGCUUCCAGAACAAGUGGAACCUGCCAGUCUACUUCCAGCUGCGAUACAAGGCGAUUGCAGGAAGUUUUGAGAAUACAAUGGCCGAUGGAUUAGAAGCAGCACCAGCCGGGAGCUCCUAUCGGCUGCUGGUGACCCACGUACUGUGGGGCUGCCUCCUCAGGUGCUGGGAAGAGUGGAUCUAUCUGCCCCUGCUGGCCCAUCGCUUCUGGAAGCUCACACUGCAACUGCUCUCCCGGUACUGCACCUUUGUGACUGAGGUUCUGAAUAAAGUUCCUCCUGUUGAGGUCACUAAAGAUCCCAUGAAGCCCCUCCCCAGCUCAGCCUCCUCCACUUCCAGCAGGGCUUCUCAAGAGGACACAGGAAGCGACACUGGUGUCCCAGCGGCCCUCUCUGUCAAGCAGCUGGUCUACAUCGCUGCUGAUGUGGAUUUUCUGCAGGAACAGAUUCCAGAGCUCGGGGACAUUGUCAAAAGAAGACUGGAGCUUAUCGGCUUCACCAACUUUCAGAUUGUUUCAGAUUCCUUGGCAGACUCGAAAGCCUCCUUGUCCGCUUGCAUUCCUGCACUCAACUGUAGGGUGACGCAGCUCCUUAGUGAAAGGUGCUUCAGAUACCUGAAAAGUGCCUCAGAAGUGCCCCGCCUGUACCGUAGGACCAACAAGCAAGUGCCUACAAGGGCAUCAGCAUACAUGGAGAAUGCACUGCGGCCACUGCACCAGCUGCUGAGUGACCACAAGGACACGCUGAAGGCCUCCAUCAUACAGAACUGGCUGUGCGUCACACUGUGCGACUGCACGCAGAGGUAUUACGAAACAGUCUCUGAUGUUUUGAGUUCUGUGAAAAAAAUGGAGGAGAGUCUGAAGAGACUGAAGCAGGCCAGGAAAACCGCAUCCUCCAUCAGCACUGGUAACAAUGGAGGCCCCACCGAUGAUGCCAAGAUCCGUAUUCAGCUGGCACUUGACGUGGAAUACCUGGGAGAUCAGAUCCAGAAGAUGGGGCUACAGACUGGGGAUAUCACACUUUUCUCUACCCUGCUUGAGUUGGUUCAAGGGGCUAGGGACGGGGUUUUGUCAGAGUAGACUGCCUGCUCAUAAAUAUGCAGUUGGUUGUGGCUUGCUCUGAUCCCUGUAGUAAAAGAAAUAUGGUGACUCUGGUUUGGGUCUUACAGAGUGGGCUAGCCUGGGAAUUCUUAUUUAUGUAUGGAAAUGGGUGAUCAAAUUGUAAAUUGUGAAAGUUUUACUUGUGAAUGGAAUUAAAUUGUUUUGCAAAUUGCAAAAAAAAA